AUGCCGAAGUCGUCAAGAGUGCAGGGGCCAAAGUCGGAUUCCUGGGUCAAGAUGCACAUUCCUUUUAUUGGAGACCUGGCCGCACUUCAACAGUACAUUGACGACAACAAGGACGCUAUCUUUGUAUCGCUCGACAUAAAGGGAAGGACAGAAAUCUCGGAAAUCGGCCUGUCUGUUCUCCCACCAUCCAUGGUCCUUCGACUGUCAUCUGGGGAUGGCGACACUCCACCCUUCGAUAUGGCACGUUUUGCCGAUAUGUACAACGUGCAAACGUAUACUUUCCGCGUCAAUGGAAGGCAUGAGAUCAAGAGAGGAGAUAGAAACCGACGACCUAUUCUCCAAUUUGGCACCGCUCAAUGGGUGGACGCUACCGAUCUUGCUUCGGCCGUGGCGGGCAAGUUGACGUCCAUCUUGGAUGCGUUUUCAAAUACCAACACCGGAGAUGGUACUGCUGUCAAUUCAAGCUCGCCUGAAGGACGACGCCCGCCUCUCGUAUUGGUCGUGUACAACAUUGGUUCAGAGGCAUAUUACCUGGACAAAGAACUCAUCCUAGUCCGCCAAGCGGUGAAAUUUGCAGCCUACGUUGCCGUGACAUAUUUAAUCACGUCCCUAUCGCUGCCUACCAAGGGGCACCAUCAAAGUACACCAAACCUGAGGGAUGCAUCGGCAGCGGCCGGACUAUACCUCAAAGAGGCUGUCACGACCGAGCAAGUUGCGGACGGAGUGUUUGAGGACAUCAAAUGGCGCAGCUGUCCGCACAGCCUUGUACGCACGUCUGGCAACGACACCGUGUGGAAGUUGGGCCUCUUGGCACAUAUGUUGUACGCAGUGGCAUCGGAAGCACAAAGCCUCAAGUUGACUGUACUAUCACCAUUGCCCACGCAGGAAACUGUUUCUACGUGUGUCAGAAAUUCCAAAGUUGCCAAAAGCGCCGCAUCACUACCUGUCCUAGACAAUUUGAGGGCCUUGGCCAGAAGCAAACAGUGGAGAAAAUAUUACCAAGACGGGCCGACAGAAGAACAGUUCCAGCGUGGCGCAGACAAACGCAUCGAGCGUAUCAAGAAGAAGGAAGAGAAGGACUUGGUCGGCUCGGAUGAGUUGGAGUCAGGCGUAUUGGACGAUUUGUGGGCAAAUGGUGAUUAG